UGAUUCCUCUCGUUUUGAUUUCCGUAAUUGUGGUUAAUUUAACUGUUCUGUUCUGUGAAAGUGGUUUAAUUGUUGAUAAUUAAGUGAAUUCUUUUUGUAAACAAUAUGAGUGAAGUGAAACCUUCAAGUGAUCCUGCUGUUGCCAUGGAAGAGGUAAAGGUUGAUGAGAAGAAGAAAAAGAAAGAGCUUGAAAGAGCAGCUAAAAAGGCUGAAAAAGAUGCCAAAUUCGCAGCCAAACAAGCUAAAUUGGCCUCCGACAAGAAGGAUGAUCAAUCAGGUAAAUCGAAACCGAAAGAGGAUAAGAAAAAGGUAAAAGAAGUGAUCAUCUAUCAAGGUAACACCGCCGAAGGUGAUGAAAAGGAUGUUAGUUCACCGAUGCCCUCCGCCUAUUCACCGGAAUACGUUGAAGCCGCUUGGUACUCGUGGUGGAAAAAAUCUGGAUUCUUCAAGCCCGAAAUUAAUGCUCCUCAAGGAGAUAUUACCAAAGAAAAUGGUAAAGGUAAAUUUGUUAUGGUCAUUCCACCGCCCAAUGUUACUGGUACUCUUCAUCUUGGUCAUGCCUUGACCUCAGCGAUUCAAGAUAGUAUUACAAGAUGGAAUAGGAUGAAAGGAAAGGUCACUCUUUGGGCUCCUGGUUGUGAUCACGCUGGAAUUGCGACUCAAACUGUUGUCGAGAAAAAAUUACAACGAGAGAAAGGAUUAACUCGCCAUGAUUUGGGUCGAGAUAAGUUCAUUGAGGAAGUUUGGAAAUGGAAAAAUGAGAAAGGAAACCGAAUCUAUGAACAAUUCGAGGCUCUUGGUUGUUCCGUUGAUUGGGAUCGAGCAACAUUCACAAUGGAUCCGAAAAUGUGUAAUGCUGUUACCGAAGCUUUUGUCAGAUUACAUGAAGAGGGUUUAAUUUAUCGAGCUAAACGAUUAAUCAAUUGGUGUUGCACUUUAAAUUCAGCAAUUUCCGAUAUUGAAGUCGACAAGAUUGAAGUAAAAGGACCAACACCUUUCCGUGUUCCUGGUUAUGGUAAUGAAACCGUUGAAUUUGGUAUAUUGGAAUUGUUUGGUUAUCCAGUUGAAGAUUCUGAUGAGAAGUUAAUUGUUUCAACUACUCGUAUUGAAACAAUGCUCGGUGAUACAGCGGUAGCAAUACACCCAGAAGACCCUCGAUAUAAGCAUCUUCAUGGUAAAUACGUUAUUCAUCCUCUUUUGGAGCGAAAAAUUCCAAUUGUUUGUGAUGAUUUUGUCGAGAUGGAAUUUGGUACUGGUGCUGUUAAAAUUACUCCAGCUCAUGAUCAUACCGAUUGUGAAGUAGGUAAACGUCACAAUUUACCUUUCAUUGAAAUUCUAAGUGAUGAUGGUAGUAUUGCCCCUGGUUUCGGUAAAUAUUCUGGAAUGAAACGAUUCCAUGCCCGUAAAGAGAUUGGUAAAGAUUUAGAAGCCUUGGGUCUGUACCAUGGUUCCAAACCAAAUCCGAUGGUUGUACCGGUUUGUAGUCGAUCAAAGGAUAUAAUUGAACCUCGAAUGAAAUCUCAAUGGUUUGUUAACUGUAAAGAAAUGGCCGAUAAAGCGGUCGAAGCUGUUAAAACCGGUGAAUUAACCUUAAUCCCCGAUGAUCAUAAUAAAAUUUGGUUCAGAUGGUUAGAGAAUAUUCAAGAUUGGUGUAUUUCUCGGCAAAUUUGGUGGGGACAUCGAAUUCCUGCUUAUAAAGUUUCCUGUUCUCCAUCGGAUGGAACCAUUGAUUCAGAAGAUUUUUGGAUCUCUGGUCGAAAUGAGGCUGAAGCAAGAACCAAAGCAUCGGUUAAAUACUCAAUUCCUGGAGAGAAAUUAAUUCUCGAACAAGAUGAGGAUGUUUUAGAUACUUGGUUUAGCUCUGGUUUAUUUCCAUUCGCUAUAUUUGGUUGGCCUGAAAAGACCAAAGAUCUUGAUGUUUUCUAUCCUGGUGAUUUACUUGAAACUGGUCAAGAUAUUCUCUUCUUUUGGGUUGCUCGAAUGGUCAUGUUGGGAAUGAAAUUCUGUGGUAAACUUCCGUUUACCAAAGUUUUCCUUCACUCGAUGGUUCGUGAUGCUCAUGGUAGAAAAAUGAGUAAAUCAUUAGGUAAUAUAAUCGAUCCAGUUGAUGUUAUCAAAGGUAAAACAUUGGCUGAACUUCAAACCAUUCUAGAAGAAUCUAAUCUUGCCCCAGCGGAGAUCGAAAAAGCCAAGGCCACUCAAAAGAUUGACUUCCCUGAGGGUAUUCCUCCUUGUGGAACUGAUGCUUUACGAUUUACCCUUUGCGAUUACCUUGGACAAGGUCGUGAUAUUAAUUUGGACAUUAAACGAGUUGAAGGUUAUCGAUCAUUUUGUAAUAAACUUUGGAAUGCCGUUAAAUUUAGUCUAAUGACUUUCGGACCUGAUUUUAAGCCUAAUUUGGUUCACAAGUUAACGGGUAAAGAGACUCGAUUAGACUUAUGGUUAUUGAGUCGCCUUUACACUGCAACCGAAACUUGUAAUAAAGGUUUCGUCGAUUAUGAUUUCCAUUCAAGUACCAGUGCUUGUCAUCGUUUAUGGGUCUAUGAGAUUUGUGAUAUUUACUUGGAAUGUAUCAAAUCCUUCAUGAGAGGAGACAACGAGGAAACCAAAGAGAUAAUCCGACAAACCCUUUAUACCGCUUGUGACAUUGGACUGCGAUUAUUACAUCCAUUUAUGCCUUACCUUACCGAAGAGUUGUACAAACGGCUUACCCGUCGAAGUCCAUCUACCGAUGCACCGAGUCUUUGUAUAACCUCUUAUCCAGAAAUAGAUCAAUUUAAUUGGUCAAAAGAUUCGCAAUUGGAGAGUGAAUUUUCCUUCAUGUACGAUUUUGUACAUAAAAUACGUUCGAGGAAAGCAAAUUAUGGAGUCGAAAAGAAAGAUGUUCCUCUUUAUGUUUCCUGUGAUUCCAAAGAAACUCAGGAUCGUCUAUUGUCAUUUAUUGAUCCAAUUAAGAGUCUAACUCAUUCAUCUUGCCUGGAAAUUUUGGAAAAUGGUUCAGUUCCACCGGAAGGAGUUCCUAUCCCAAUAAGUGAUUCAUGUCAAGCCUAUUUAGGAUUAAAGGGAAUAAUUGAUGUAAACAAGGAAAUUGAAGCUUUAAAGGUGAAAAAAGAUCAAAAAGAAAAACUAUUGAAAGAAUUAACUGUCUCAAUGUCGGAUCCCAAUUACUCUGAGAAAGUUCCCAAAGAAGUUCAAGAAACCCGUCGACAGCGAGUGGAAGAGCUGAACGGUGAAAUAUUGAAGAUAAUUAAAUCAAUUGACGAUUUCUCAUUGAUUGUAAAAUAGUAGAAAGUGAUUGUUGUAAUUUUGAUUAAUAGACCAGGAAAAAAUCAAUUGGACAAUUUUAUUAUAUUUAUAUUGACAUUUUAACCGACACAUAAAUUAAAACGAGUCUCUCAAAA